CUUCCAAAUAAUAAUGAGAAUUCUAUUCCAAGGCUAUAUUUUAUUAACAAAUGUCUUGACAUGGUUCCUAAGAAUUCACCUCCUCAUAAGGAUCUUUAUCAGAAUUUAUUUUCACAAAAACCUUUUUCUUUUAUGAGCCCAGUCAUAAUUCGUAUAUUAAAAUGUGAAGAAACAAAAGGAGCAUUUAUAACGCUUAUUAAAAAUCCAAAUCAAAUUUUCACACUCUCUUCAAGGUUAAACCUUAUUAGUGAAUGUUUAAAUGUACAAGGAAUUGAUUCAACAAUGUCAACUUUAUGUUGUGAUAUUAUUCAAAAAACGUUCUUUGUGAAAUUAUCUUUCCCAGAAUUAGCAAAAAACUUUAAAUAUGUUGUUGAAGUACUUAGUGAUACUAAAGCUAUAGUCUUACAAACUAUUUGUGCUAUAGCAUUUCUUAAAGAAUUCGCAAAACAGUUCUGGGAUCAUUCAAUCCAGGAAGACAUAAUGCAGCCAAUCAAGUUUGAUGCUACAAAAAUUGGUGACCUUGACACAAAUGCAUUAAUCCAAGAAGUAAACACUUCUAUGGAUUUAACAGAUUCAUUAAUUUAUUCUUUCAAAAUAUAUUUCUUAAGAGAGUUACGUGAUAAAGGUUUGUCUAUGAAUGAGGUUCGAACGUUUUGUGAAGCACAACAACAAAUAUUACCAUGGCUUGGCGACUUACCCUGGGAUUCAAAAAACGAAUCAAGACUUCCAUUUAAUCCAUAUUGGUGCCUUAAAGAUUACGUUGCCGUUGAAAAAAGUUUUACUACUCUUCAUAAUCUUAACGACAAAGCAUCAUUUAAUUCAUUUUUUGCAUCAUUAAAAAAGAAAGAAUCAACUGAUAAACCCUUAAUAGCUUUGAUGGGUUUUAUUAUUAGUCGACUUCAUGUUAUAAGGGCUACACGUGAUUGGACAGAGGAAGAAGAAAAGGUUGUAGAAUUUCUAAAGGGAAAAGUUGAACAUUCAAGUACACCGUCAACCAUAUAUAAGCAAACUAUUAAAAGCAUAAUAUCAAACAACCAUCCAUUGCUUGGAAUAAAUCCAAAUGUUACAAAUUCCGAAUUACUUGUAAAGUCUGUCAUUGGCCAUGUAAUUGCAUUACACGCAUCAAUUCCAGCAGAAUCCAACCCUUUAUCAUAUAUGUUACAUAACUUGAAUAAUUGCUCUGAUCUAUUCAUCCCUACUUGUGUGUCUGAUAUCGAAUCACUUAUCAUCUCUGCUGUAGUUCAAAGUGGGCAAGUAACUCGAUAUUCCUGUGAAUGUGGAUAUAAAUAUGUUAUAGCAGACUGUGGUCAGGCAUAUAGCAUUGGUACUUGUCCUGAAUGCAAAAAAACAAUUGGAGGGCAUAACCACAGAUCGGCACCAGGGCAAAAAAGAUUGGAUGCAAGUCCAAUUGCCAAUACUAUAGCUGCAAAGGAUAAACCUGGGUACAUUAUGGAAUCGGAAAGUCCAUCAAUGGUACAUUCUCUUCGUUCUCUGACCCCAGUUUCUUAUAGAAUUUUGCAUUUGUUUAUUCAUGCAAUAAUUGGAGCCUGGGCACAUACACCAACUGGAAAGUCUUUCUUAGGCAAUAAUAAUCGGGAGAACACUGAUGCUUCAGCUUAUUGUAUGGGUCACAUUACAAACGACUGGAAUACACUUCUAAGAAUCUUGAAUACAUCACAUGAAAGUUUAGCAUUAUUAUUGGAAGCUUUUUCAUCAACGAAAAAAUGA